GUCCAAGAUCACCCGUCAGAAGACACAGCACUGCACAUUGCCGUUUUGAAUGGCCAGACUGAGGUGGUGAGGCAACUCGUGAAGCAGAUACAAAGCAAGUACGCUGCAGAAGUUCUGGGAUUGCAGAACGCGGCGGGGUCCACGGCUAUCCACCUGGCAGCAGCAGUUGGCGAUGCUGACAUGUGCAAGUGCUUGGCUUCCAAGACCUCUGCAGAGCUCAUCGGGAUCAGCAACAGAGACGGCGAGACCCCUCUUUUCAUGGCAGCCAUUUCUGGGAAGACGCAGAAUUUCUUCAUUCUCCUGGAUAGUCUUGACAAGGAGGAAGCGGACGAGAUUUGUCACUGGAGGUCUUGUAGAGGUGACACCAUUCUUCAUGCUGCCAUCUCCGGUGAACACUUUGGUGCAAUAGUUGAUGACCUAGACCAAACAAGAAGUUCAUCGGGACUCGAAAAAUCGGAAAGGAGUCAUAAUUAUCCAGAAAGCUAUGAAACAUGCAUGACCUUCUUCCAUCUGAUGAAGAAGCUAUUAAUCUUUUGUUCUUUUCGUCCUAGUCAAGACUGCGUGAGUGAGGAAAGCAGCAAUGAUGAUCCUGAAAGCUUCAGCAAAGGAAGUAUUCCAGGUGCGGAGUCAAUAAGAACGGGGAAGCUCAAAGAAAUUUCCCCACCAAAUUAUGCAACAAGUAUUGAUAUUUUCAAGCUCAUAUUGAAGGCACUGCUAAUUAUUCUGGGACUCGGAUAUUCCAGGGUAGCUAAGAUAACAAGGAUGAAAGUGGCGCACACAUUGGCGAAUGUUGUAUUGAAAGCAUUGGUUGACAAAACUUCCACAUAUAGGUAUGAAGACAGUGGCCGAAAACCUAUCGAUGGAGACAUAGAUUUGGGGCAAAUCGCUGAAUUGCAGACGGAUGAUCAGAUAUCUCAGAGCUCUGUGAACAACACUAAUGUGCCUGAAACUGGAGUGGAGAACAAACAUGUCCAAGUCUUUAAAAUGCUUAAGGAGAAGGUUAUACUAAAGGAGAGUGUUUUUGGACGAGUGGAUAAAGACGGGAACAGCGCAUUGCACCUGGCUGCAACUUUUGGAGAUUCUAGACCUUGGCUCGUUCCAGGAGCUGGCCUGCAAAUGCAGUGGGAACUCAAGUGGUACAAGUUCGUUAUGCAGUCAAUGCCACCCAACUUCUUUCCUCAAUACAACAAGAGAGGUCACACCCCAAAGCAGAUCUUAUUGAAGACCCACAAACAACUUGCAAAAAGUGGCAGCGAAUGGCUCUCCAAAACCAGCGAGUCAUGCUCAGUUGUUGCUGCACUUGUGGCAACAGUUGCAUUUGCAGGAUCAUCGACCGUCCCUGGAGGCAACAAAGAAGACACCGGUAUCCCUGUUCUUGAACGGGAGCCUGCAUUCAAUGUCUUUGCCAUCACAUCCUUGCUUGCACUCUGCUUAUCCGUAACAUCCCUAGUAACUUUUCUUACUAUCCUCACUUCUCGAUUUGAUCACAAAGACUUUGCCAAGACACUGCCUCGGAAGCUUAUAUGGGGGCUAACGUCUCUCUUCCUUUCCAUAGCUUCCAUGCUGGUUUCCUUCUGUGCAGCACAUUUCUUUGUUCUAAACGAAAGCCUGAGAAUGUUUUCAUAUCCAGCGUAUGCUGCAACUUGCUUGCCAGUGACCAUUUUCCUUCUUUCAACAUUCUCCCUCUACUAUGAUCUCGUAUGGGCGAUAUACUUGGAGGAGCCACAACACAGCUUUAUGGAGUUUCAUGCUUAG